AUGGUCUUAGCUCACAAAGCUGUGAGGAACCGCAUGUACCGGAACAACAGCCUUUCUACCUCCGAGGCAGUUAGCCUGUUUGAUGUAGGGGCCGGACAAGAACAGGGAGGCAGGCCGUUUCAGGAGGAUCGAUUCGUGGUGGCUUUGCCGGAUCACUUUCCCUCGAAGGUGGAGGACAAGGUUGCGUUCUUUGCAAUCUAUGACGGACAUGGCUCUGGUCUUGUUUCAGAACAUGUCAGCCAAACCCUACACCAUCUGGUUGGCGAACGCCAGGAAUUCGAACGAGGAGACUGGGCAGUAGCCAUCAAGGCAGCACUAGAGGAAGAAGACAGCAUUCUACUUGACCGAUUCAAGCGCGAAUCUGCCGAGCCUGCCCUGUCAGGGUCUACAGUGGCAGUUUGUUGCAUUAACCUCACCGUUGGCGAGCUGAUCGUCUCCAACCUGGGUGACUCGCAUGUUAUCCUGGCGGAGCGAGACCCCAAAACAGAGCAUCCGUAUCACAUUCGACGUCUCACAGAGACUCACAAGCCGGAGGUGCCUAGGGAAAAGGCUCGUAUCGAAGCAGCAGGCGGAACAACCACCAUCCGGGGUGGGACGCCACGUCUUGGUGCAUUAAACAUGUCCCGGGCACUGGGCGACCUGCAGUACAAGAACCCAGUCAAUACCUUUGACCCGGUGCCAGACCCCGCCGCUUCAACCUCCAGUCGGUCGGAAUCACGGGGGAACUUCCUAUCCAAUGAUCCCUACACCUCCCGACGGACGUUGCACUCUGACCGCCGAUACUUACUGUUGAUGGUAUCAGACGGUGUAAGCGACCGAGUGGACGACGCCAGUCUGGUGCAGCACGUGAUGAAGUUAUCAAUGCGGGGGAAACGAGCCAGUGAGAUUGCGACGGAGAUUACCACCAAUAGCGCAGGCCAUCAACAUAGCGACAAUGCGUCGUGCAUUGUAGCAAUGUUGGAUGGCCAAGGAUCGUGA